UGGGGCGGGAGGGUUUGGGGAAGGCUCCCACCCUCCCUCAGUCCUCUGAAGGAGCCUGAUCCACGCUCUACCCAAGACUACCCCAGCUCCCGGGAAUCCCUGGGGCCUCCUCUCCUGCCUCAACAGUCCUGCUGGUCUUCUCAUCCCCUGGAGGACAGCAAGGCCAUGGUUUGGCCCCUGCUGCUGCUGCUGCUGCUGCUAUUGUCACCAGCACUUCUGCAAGCUGGAAACUCAGCAGGAUCCAGAGCAAACUAUGCCUAUGGGGUCGACCAACCAAAACACCUCUCAGCACCCCAGGGUGGCUCCAUUCAUAUUUCCUUCUCCUUCUAUUACCCAAAGGAGUUAGCAAAAGAUCCCACAGUGAGUAUAUCCUGGAGACGGGGCCAUUUCCACGGGGAAUUUAUCUACAAUAAGACCCCAGCUUUCACCCAUGCGGAUUACAAGAACCGGCUCUUCCUGAACUGGACAGAGAAGCAGACGUCGGGCUCCCUCAGCAUCUGGAACCUGCAGAGGAAGGACGAGUCCGUGUACUUCUGCCGGGUCACACUGAACACACAGAGUGGACGCAGGGAGAUGUGGCAGUCCAUCCUGGGGACCACACUCACCAUCACUAGCGGUGAGUCCACCUGCCCCGGCAGCUGCCAGAGCCACCCCAGCUGGGGCUUUGGGUGACCACUAGUGUCCUUGUCCCCCAGACAUCACCUCAGGCCCCACUCCUUCUGACCUUUCUCUCAAACUCCU